GAGAGUUGCAGCGCCAACUUAAACAACGCUGUCAAGUACUGAAGGAGCAGUCAACUAUCUGUGCAGGUUUUGGGACGUAAUCUGUGGACCGCUGCAAACAUGAUUGCCACCACACAACAGAACAUGACAACGGAGCUACAGGACUUGGGUAGCACGGGAGGACCACCUAGGAAUUGGAAGGGAAUUGGGAUCGCCUUGGUGGUUAUACUGGGGGUCAUGUCCCUGGUCACCCUCUCCAUUAUUAUGCUCACCCCUGACGAAUCUCAUCUCCUGCUGCUGUCUCGUCUCACUUUGGAGAACCUGGAAAGUGAAGAUUUCAAAAUUCACGACCCAUGUGCAACGUGGCUAAAUGAGCAUGAGGUAUCACUAUGCACUCGGGAGGGUCACAUUCAAAUCCAUGAUCUCAACACCAAUCUAACCACCACACUGCUGGACAACAGCACCCUGGAUCUGAAAUCCAUGAGAUUCCAGGUUUCCGCUGAUAAGAAGUUCAUCCUGAUGGCCUACGAUAUCCACCAUGUAUUCUCACAGUCCUUCACUGCAUCCUUUGCAAUCUACACUGUGAACAGUGGGGACAUUAUGGACCUCACCCCAUCAGAGGAGGAAACGUCUGUACUUCAGUAUGCAGCAUGGGGGCCUCAAGGGAGCCAACUGGUCUAUGUAUUUGAGAAUGACAUCUUCUACAAGUCUGAUGUGUCCAAGAAGGCGAUGCGUUUGACCACCACAGGCAGAAUCGGAUUCGUGGUUAAUGGGCUGUCUGAUUGGACCUAUGAGGAGGAGAUUCUUCUGAAAUAUCCUGCUUUGUGGUGGGCUAAAGAUGGUGCCCGUCUGGCAUAUCUAUCCAUUAACAACUCAGCCACGCCUUUUAUGGAGAUACCUCACUUCCUGAGUGGGAUUUAUCCUUCUAAUGUCCUCUACCCUUACCCAAAGGCAGGUUCCAUAAUCCCAUCAGCCAGUCUGUUUGUGGUGAAUUUAUAUGGUCCAGCACACACAUUAGAGAUGAUUCCACCCGACUCUCAGAACAGAGAUAGUUAUAUCUCUAUGAUGAGUUGGAUCAGCAGUACGCGUCUAGCUGUGCGUUGGUUGAACCGGGUCCAGAAUCAGUCUGUGGUGUGUGUGUGUGAAGCCACAACAGGAGCCUGCUCAGAGAAGCACCAAAUGACAAUGGACUUUUGGCACAACAAUCAACGGCAGGAUGAGCCGUUGUUCACGGCAGAUGGCUCCCUGUUUUACCUUGUCUUGCCUGCCAAGCAAGGAGCCCGUGGGGAGUUCCUCCACAUUGCCAGCCUCCAUGCUCAGGCUUCAACUCCCUCUGUUACUCCUCGCUUUCUAACAUCAGGGAACUGGGAUGUAACCUCACUGUGCGCCCUUGACGAGGACAAUGAUAAAAUAUUUUUCCUGAGCUCAGAGGAGUCGCGGCAAAGCAGGCACUUAUACAGCGUGGAGCUCGGAGGAGUAUUUCAACGCCAGUGUCUGACGUGCAACCUCUUUGAACAAUGCAACUUCUACACAGCAGACUUCAGCCCCAAUCAGACAUACUUCACCCUCUACUGCCUGGGUCCAGGAGUCCCAAAGGUGACCAUUCACAACACAAGUGAUCCUUCUAGAUAUACAGUGGUGGAAGACAACAGCCUCCUUGCAAUGUCUAUUGAAACCAAGUGCCUUCCUGAGACAAUUUUCCGGACCCUUUCCUCCGACAACAAUGACCUUGAUGUGAAGAUGUCGUUGCCUCCUGGGCAUGAGGGAAAUCUGCACCCUCUCCUUAUUAUCAUUGAUGGUAUUCCUGGGAGGCAGUCAGUAACUGAGGAGUUUACCCUUGGCUGGCCGGAGGUUUUGUCUAGCCUGCACGGAGUAGCACUGGCCUGGAUAGACAGCAGAAACAGUGUCCCUAUGGGACAGAAAAGCAGCACCCUGGACCCUCGUAAGAUGGGUUCCCUCCGCAUUAAAGACCAGAUUGGAGUUGUAGAGUGGUUCAUGCAGUUGCCAUACAUUGAUAGGAGAAGAAUUGCUGUUUACGGAAAGGGAUUUGGUGGUUAUUUAAGUUUAAAGAUGUUGACAACAACUGAUCAUAUAUUCAAGUGUGCUGCCGUCAUGGCCCCUAUCACAGACUUCAAGCUAUACAGUGCUGCCUUCUCAGAGAGAUAUCUAGGUCUCCCUGCUAAAGAGGAACAUUCCUACAUGACUGCGUCUUUAUUGGACGACAUCCACAAGCUAAAAGACGACAACUUUCUCCUUUUACAUGGGACUGCAGAUGCGCGAGUUCAUUUCCAACAUAGUGCCGAAUUGUUGAGUCGUCUGGUAAAGGUGGAGUCCAACUACACACUGCAGCUGUACCCAGACGAAGGUCACACCCUGAGAGCAGAGCGGAGCAUCCAACACAUGCAUCGUACCCUCCUAAACUACCUCCACAACUGUCUCAAAUAUGACCCCUUUCUCGAAGCAGAGGAGGAAGAGGAGGAUGAGGAGGAAGAGUGAUUUUUUCGGUCCUCAAAGCAGCCCAUGUAUAUCUAAGUACUGGUGUUGAACUUCAAGCUGUGUUAUUUCACCAAAGGAAAAAUUGGGACCAAGAGGACCAAAUCCACCAGCUAUUUAUUGCAGACUAGAUUUUGGAUUGUUUCAAAAUAAGACUACAACCAUGUCUUGUGCCGGUCUGUCCCUCCCUGGAUGAAUUGGAGGACAAGAAGAAGAUUCAAAAACAAGCACUCUGGUUCAUGCAGUUUACAAGCAAAGCACAUAUACAUUCUAAGGGCCCCAUUCAAUCAAAACAUUUUUUUUUUUUAAGAUUAUUGGGAAAAGAUGCUGCAGAGAUAUGUUAAUCAGCCUUGAUAUUCUAGUGCCACAUUGUGGGCAAAAAAGGAAAUGCUUUACAGGGGUAGUCACCCAAAAAUGAAACUUCUUUCAUCAUUUACUCACCCUCAUGCCAUCCCAGAUGUGUAUGACUUUCUUUCUUCUGCAGAACACAAACAAAGGUUUUUAGAAGAAGACUCUAGUGGUUAAAUCCACAUCUUCAGAAAUGAGAAGAUAGGUGUGGAUGAGAAACAUAUACAUUUUUAAGUCCUUUUUUACUAUAAAUCUCCACUUUCACUUUCAGAUGUGAAAGUAAAACUAAACAGACGCUACAUGUGACUUUCAGAUGUGAAAGUGGAGAUUUAUAGUAAAAAUUUCCUAAAUAUUGAUCUGUUUCUCACCCACGCUUAUCAUAUUGCUUUUAUCUGCUUUUGGACCAUUAGAUUUCUGUUCACCAUUUACUUAAAAUGUUUGGACCUACAGAGCUGAGAUAUUCUUCUAAAAUAUUUUUGUGUUCAGAAAAAGAAAGAAAGUCAUACACAUCUGGGAUAGCAUGAGGGUGAGUAAAUUGAGAGAAAUUUCUGGGUGAACUAUUCCCUAAAUAAAUGUGGGAUGCAUCAUGGAUUGUAAGAUUGGGAAAUACAGCCUAGACUAUUUGAUCGAGCGAUGUGAUUUUCAAGCUCUUAAACGUGCAACUCUGAUCAUUGCAGCACUGCGAGAAGCAUCGCGCAAAAUGCGGAAACCAUUUCAAUUCAGCACUAUAGUACUUCAAUUUACUAUAGUAACACUACCUGUACUUUAGGCAGAAAUAGAUUCACAAUACAUAUUAUCAUAUUACUAAUUCAGCUCUAUUAAAUUUGUCAUAGGCUACAUUAGGUGAGUGAGGCAAUAUAAUACAUUUUUGUUACAACUUUUAAAUGUUUAUAUUUUGUAUUUAUUGUUUUUACUGUUUGUAAUUACAAAAAUGCCAUAGUUCAUUUGAUAGAAAUCAUGUUGCAUCUAACCACGGCAGUGAAGAAGAUCAAUGCGUCCAUGUGUCUACUAUGGUCUUGUUACAAAUACCAUUGUUAAAACUAUAAAAAUAAAAAAAAAUACAUUAAAAUUUUCAUAAGGGCAAAAUACACUUUUAUUAUUAUUUAUUUAUUUUAUUUUUAUAUGAAAUAGACAUGUGUAAAUCCUAAAAUGAAUAGGCUAAAAUAUAUUUGUUUGAGUGUAAGUAAAUGGUUUUGGUUCUGGUUUUAUUUUUGUUUGCCUUCAGAAAUUCCAAGAGAUGACAGAAUUUGGGGUAAGGGAAUGAAGUAGGGGGCAUUCAUCAAAAAAAAAAGUUGAGAACCACUGGACUAAGCGGCCAUGUUUAUUAUUGGCCAGUGCUGAUAAUCUCAAAAUAGGCAAAAACCAUCCUGGCUGAUAUCGAUCUAUCACUAGCAGAUCAUGUGGAAAAUUUGAAUGUAAACUGCAACACAUUGUUUGAUCCUGGCUCCUGAUAUGCAUGACAAACUGGCUGCAUGGUGCUGUAUACUCGUUCAUAAUCUCUGUGCCAAAUCUAAUAGAACAUUUUUUAGAAAUUGCAUAUGGUGUGUUUUCUCAAUGUACACUACAUGUCAGAACACACUGCACAGGCUGUCCUCAAAACAAGGGUACAAAAUCAGUGGCACUGUCUGUGAAUCACACUGCAUGUUUCUGUUUACAGAUGCCUCCUAUGGUCUCCAGCAUACAUUAUAUAUAUCUUUAUAUAUGUCGAGCCAUGCUGGAUGCAGUUUCACAUUGAGAGUAACUGUAUUUUCACUGGCAGACAAAGACAACUCUUACCUUUACCAUUGUCAUGGAUAUGAAGACUUCAUAUUUACAGAUACAAUGUGCCAAAUACUCUGUGACCAAACCUUUCAAUACUGAGGUACAUUACAUUUUUUAAUGUGGCAGUUUGUGCAUUUAGUAAAUGUCUUUCCUUUUAUUUAAAAUCAAUAAAAGGUAAUUCAUCCCUGACAACAACAACAACCAAAAAAGUACAAUAGCAGUGUGAUGUAUCAAAUCCUUUGAAAUAUACAAUGGUACUGAAUGAUUACCAUGGUACUUCCAUGGAACAUGUACAAAAACAUAGUAUUACCAUGGUAGCAUAGCAAAUAAACAUUGGACAAACAUGGUGCUUUUUUGUUUUUGAUAAUUAUUUGAGCACCUAGAUGUUCACCAACUCUUAACAGUGACAUAUUAAAAAAAAAUAAACAUCAUAAACUUAUGAUGAUAAUAUUUAUGACACAACAGAUUAGACAAAACAGCAAUAAAAGGCAAUAUAAUAAGUACUGUAGUUUAAAGUAUAAAGUUUCCUUUUGUGAUCAAGAAGAAAACACAAUGUUCUCAUCUGGAAUUGAUUCUUCAAUCAAAUAUUUAUUUUAUAUUAAACUUUAUUUUGUGACCUUCACGUAUUGCUGAUGUGUAUAUAGAAACCUUCUUUGAAAUUUCUGUGCAACAUUGUGAUGCAAGUUACAUAUCCCAGAAUGUUCUGUUGUACUAAACAAAAUCUGAUUCCAAUGUUAUAGGCAGCAUGAAGUAUGUUUGAAAUGAGCAUUAUCAGCCUAUGUAUCUGUAUAUUUGUUUUUAAUUACGCUUUUCCAAUAAAGUAUGCAUUUUUUUUUGUACAAACUGUUGCAA